AUGCUAUCCAGAAACGGCGCCCCCAAAUCGCUUCAAGGCAGAGACACCAGCCGCUUUGCGGUCUCUCGCCGCACCCGGGGAUUCGCGAUCAGAGAAUCCGUGAAUGCCGCACGGCGCUCUCCUCCCCCGGUCCUCGUUGACACCGAGGCCCCUGGCCCUCAGGUCGAUCCUGAGGCGUACCCGCUCGCCGCUAUCGGCGGCAUGGCCUAUGGUCAAGAAGAGACUGGGGCGGACGCCGCCGCCGCGGAGGCUGGCGGCCAAGUCCAAUCCGUAUUCAAAAAGGCGGUCGAUCUUCUGGGUUGGUUGGUGAAGGCUGUGGUCCCUGAGCAGUAG